AUGUCCCAGUACCGUGACCUGGGCGAGGGGAACGGAAAAAUGGCCAUUUCAUAUGCGAGCGGGAUCCCCGCCGAUCACAGCCAGGCCCUUCCCUCCUUUCGGGAGCUGCUCCCUCCUCACCUCCACGACGAAAUCGAGUCGACCUCCUACUUCACCUCCCGCCAACCGCCACGCGAGCGCCCCGCUUCAGCCAGCCACGAUGUCUCCGGUCCCCAUCCGAUGACCGAUCCCCGCCCCUACGGCCCAACUUCCAAAAUGGCCAUGGGAGAAGUUCAGGCGCCCCGUGAUUACUCGGUGGCCCCCCCAAACAGAAGUCACGGGGCGGUGCAAUCCCGAGUCCACGGAAAUGCGCCCGCACCCGCGCCUGCACCCCCCGCCACCUCGACGCCCCGGUUCGCUUCUCGAGGCCCGAGCCCCAUCCUGCCCCCAAUCCGGGACCUUCAAUCAAUCUCCGAUCGGGGCGCCAUCACGCCCACUGCGCCGUUCCCCGAUGUACGGCCGGUCUCGCGACCCGACUCGUACUCCGCGCAGGACUAUCGGGCUGGUCCCGCCCCCAUCCACGGCUACGCGGGGUCCAUGGGGGACAGGCGGAGUACGGAUGCGUACAUGGCAAACGGCGGACCGCCGGUGAUGCAUGGGCAGGUGGCAUACCCGUACCCGCCCAUGUCCUACCAGAGCGACUCGGAACAGUCGGCGCAAGCCUUGUCGCACGCCCAUCACUCGAACUUUGGCAUCCUCGGCGACCCGAUCGACUCCAAGAACAAACGCCGACGAGGCAACCUGCCCAAGCCCGUCACGGACAUUCUGCGGGCCUGGUUCCAUGAGCACCUUGACCAUCCGUACCCCAGCGAGGAGGACAAGCAGAUGUUCAUGACGCGUACCGGACUUACAAUCAGUCAGAUCAGCAACUGGUUCAUCAACGCUCGACGACGCCAGCUGCCGGCGCUGCGCAACCAGAUGCGCAACGGGGCCAGCGAUUUUGACUCGCAGCGGCAGUCACCAUUCAGCGACGUCGACCACAACUCCCCCGAGUCGAUGCCGUCGCCCCAUCGAAUGGGGCCCAAGCCUUAG